GAUUCUUAGUACCGGCUCUGGAGUGAUAGCCAUAAGGGGAGAGUACGGAGGGUAUGGAAAUUUGGAGGGUCCAGUGGAAUUGAUCCCCAACCCCAAGUGUAACGUAAUUGGAGUAAAGCAAGAUGCAGUUGAUAAUAUCUCCUACAGAAGUCCAUCUGCCUCUCUUUUCUCUCUCUCCCGCUUUAAAAUCCCAAACCAUAAUCACUCCCUACAGCACUCUCUCUCCCUCUCUCUCUCACACACACACACUAACAUGGCGGAAAAGAGCUUCCUACACCCCAUUCUCUUCGUCAUUGCUCUCUCUCUCCACCUUCAAUCCGCCAUCUCCCGUACCCACUACACCACAACCGUCCUAGACGUAUCAGCUUCGAUUCAACGAACUCUCGACGUCCUCUCCUUCGAUCCUCAAACCAUAAACCCAAAUCAACAACAAGAACAACAAAAUUCCAUCACUCAAUCUUCUUCCUUCUCCGUCUCUCUCCACCCCCGUUCCUCCCUCCACAAACACCACCACAAGGACUACACCUCCCUGACCCACUCCCGCCUCGCCCGCGACUCGGCCCGGGUCCAAUCCAUCGCCGCAAACCUCGAACUGGCCCUGAGCGGCGUCAAGACGUCGGACCUCAAGCCCCAGCUGGGAAUCGCCAACGAGACGUCGCUCCUGCCGGAGGCGCUCCAGACGCCGGUCACCUCCGGCGAGAAAUUGGGAAGCGGCGAGUACUUCUCCCGUGUCGGUGUCGGACGUCCGGCGAGGCAGUACUACAUGGUGAUCGACACUGGGAGUGACGUUAGCUGGAUACAAUGCAAGCCCUGUUCCGACUGCUACCAGCAGUCCGACCCGAUAUUCGACCCGUCUACGUCCUCCAGUUACCACUCUCUGUCCUGUAGCUCACCUCAGUGUACCGCUCUCCAGGUGUCCGCUUGCCGAGUCGACUCCUGCCUCUACCAGGUUUCCUACGGGGACGGGUCCUUCACCGUGGGCGACUUUGCCACCGAAACGCUAUCGUUUGGCAACACCGGAACUGUUAACAAUGUCGCUAUCGGCUGCGGCAGGGACAACGAGGGGCUGUUCGCCGCCGCCGCGGGGCUGCUAGGGAUGGGAGGCGGCUCCCUCUCGCUUCCGUCCCAGCUGAGAGCGACGUCGUUCUCUUACUGCCUCGUUAACCGCGACUCGGCCGCAUCCUCCACCCUCGAGUUCAACUCGGCCCGACCGGGCGACUCGGUCACCGCGCCGCUGCUGAGAAACUCCAAGUACAAGACGUUCUUCUACGUCGGCCUGGCCGGUUUAAGCGUCGGCGGGCAGCCGGUGGCGGUGUCGCCGUCGGUGUUCGCGGUGGACGAGAGCGGCCGGGGAGGGAUCAUCGUCGACUCGGGCACCGCCGUGACUCGGCUCAAAACGGAGGCGUAUACCGCGGUGCGCAAUGCCUUCGCGCGGCUGACGACGAACCUUCCUUCUUCGAGCUCGUACGCAAUCUUCGACACGUGUUACGAUCUGUCGUCGUUCAAGCAGGUGUCCAUUCCGACGGUGUCGUUUCGGUUCGCGGGAGGGAAGUCGCUGACGCUGCCCCCGGAGAAUUACAUGAUACCGGUGGAUUCGGCCGGGAAGGUGUGCUUCGCGGUUGCCCCGACGGAUGGGCCGCUCUCGAUCAUUGGUAACAUACAGCAGCAGGGGACCCGUGUCAGUUACGACGUGGCCAACUCGGUUGUGGGGUUCAGCCCCAAUAAGUGUUGAAAAGGAUGGGAUUUUGCGAUGGGCUGUGUGUGUAUUGGAGUAGUAAAUUACCUUGUUAUCCCUGAUUAAGGGGGUGGUCUUACAGGUAUAGGAGGACAGUUGGGGGAACAUUUAUGAUCGAUUGGACUCCUAUUGUGUGGUCUUUAGACUCUUUAAUACAGAGAUAAAGUGGGUGAAAGUGGGGCCUGCGUAAUUUACUGUAUUAGUUUUGUGGGGCCCUAAAUGCAGGCAGGGGCUGUGGUCUUAAAGUAAAGUUUGAUUGGUACUCCUACUAAAUACAUGCACUACAAGAAAUUUGAGUUUUGUUAUUAGUGACAAAAAUGAUGUGGCAAAGUUUGUACUCCGUUGUUAUUAAAAAUAACUAUAUAGUGUCAAGAUUGCAAGUUGUCAUAGAAA